CAGUAAUUGACCCCCCACCCUGCUACUGCAGCUUGCUCUAGUGCUCUUGGGGCCGCAGGGAGGCAGAGCAACAGGGCACAUGGAUAAAUCAUUUUCGAAAGAGGCUCCUUUCAAACCCGGGGGAUUAGAGUGUCAUAGAGAUGAGGAGCCUGCGCACUGCCUGUUCUGUCAGUUGAAUGGGAGACACAGAAGUCACGUGAGUGUGUGUGUGUGCGUGUAUGUGAGAGUGUGUGUAAGAGAGAUAAAGACGGGGGGAGGGAAUAUGAACUGAAUGGGCACACAUGCUGGCUGAUGUAAUAAAAAUAAUGCUCUGAUCACAACGGAGUGAGAAGUUACCCAAGAGAGAAGGAGAUAUAAUAGGCAGUCCCACUCCAUCACAAGGUCCUUUAUGCGAGUUGUUUACUGGCUGUGCCCCUGCCCUUCACCAUGACUCUCCUAACCCACGUGCUGGCAUGCCUUUUUGGCAUGGGCUCCUGGGUGGCCAUCAACGGGAUGUGGGUGGAGCUGCCCCUCAUCGUGCCAGAAAUCCCAGAGGGUUGGUACCUGCCCUCUUACCUCACUGUGCUCAUCCAGAUGGCUAAUGCGGGGCCCCUUUUCGUCACCCUCAUGCACCGCUUCCGCCCGGGCAAGCUGGACGAGCGACCCGUCAUCUACUCCAUAGUGGGCCUGGGCGUGGUCGCCACCUUCCUCCUGGCCUUCUUCUGGAAGCACACGGUGCCCUUAGCGGGCGCUACGCAUAGUGUCCCCCUUCUAGUGCUCUGUUUCCUAAUCUCUGUGGUGGACUGCACCUCCUCGGUCACCUUCCUGCCCUUCAUGAUGCGCCUCGGUCCCCAGUACCUCACUACGUACUUUGUAGGGGAGGGCGUUAGUGGCUUGGUGCCUGCCGUAGUGGCUCUGGUGCAGGGGGUGGGGGUGGUUCACUGUCGGAAUGCUACAGUGGCUAGCCUAGCCAAUGGGACCUUAGGGGUUAACGCCACUGUAGGGGCCAGUGGAGAGCUCCAGGCUCAAUACCAGCCCGCUAACUUCUCGGCCCAGGUCUUCUUCCUCUUCCUCAGUGCCAUGAUGGUGGUGUGUCUGGCCGCCUUCCUCCUGCUCAACCACCACCCGGCCGUGGCCAGGGAGAGGAAGUGCGAGCUAUACUUCAACGGAGGCCUGGCAGAGGAGAAGAGCCACCAAGCCCUGUCCCUGUCUCACAGACCUCAAGAGGAGAAGGCCAUGAUCAGUUCUCCGGAUAGCCACCGGAGAGCCCGGCGGAGCUCCUUCGGGACGGGCUUCUACAGUGGGCCGGAGCUGGCGUUCAUCUUUGUGGUUCUGGCUUGGGUCAAUGCCCUGACCAAUGCAGUGCUGCCCUCAGUGCAGUCUUACUCCUGUCUGCCCUACGGGAACCAGGCCUACCAUCUGGCAGCCACCAUGGCAGCCGUGGCCAACCCCGUGGCCUGCUUCAUUGCCAUGUUCCUGCCCUUAAGGUCGAUGGUGCUGAUUGGGCUUCUGACAAUAGUUGGGACAGGGUUUGGUACUUACAUUAUGGCCAUGGCUGCACUGAGCCCCUGUCCUCUACUGGUCCACAGCGUCUCAGGCACCGCACUCAUAGUCAUAGCCUGGAUGUUGUUUGUCCUGACCCUCUCCUAUGUGAAGGUGAUCAUUGGGGUGAUCCUUCGGGAUGAGGGUCACAGCGCCCUCGUCUGGUGUGGAGCGGUAGUGCAGCUUGGCUCCAUGCUCGGUGCCCUGUCCAUGUUUCCCUUGGUCAGUGUCUAUGGACUCUUCAAAUCAGGGGACCCUUGUAACACCAAGUGCACAAAGUAGGGAUCAAGACGUGGCUUACUGUUGAAACUCACUGUAGAAAACAAAAAUGGUUGACACUGAAAAUAUAUCUUUCAUCAUGUGAGUUUGCCUCUUUAAACGGAUUUUAAGGUAUCUCGUCUGUUGCGUAAGCAAUGAAAUAUCUCCCUAUGGUUGCGGAAGGAUCUCUUUGAAGCACAUCCUCAGAUUAGGAACUAAAUGGUACCAAAUCGCUUGUGUUUAUUUACUGUUGAAUUAAGUUUCAAAACGUUUUGCCUCAGAUGUAGGGCCUUAAUUUGAUCACCCUGUUGCAAGAUAUAUUUUUCUGCAAUGCAGGAACUUAAAAGGUUUAAAAGGCUUCUGAAGUUUGCAAUUUCCACUUUGACAUUUAAGACUUCAUUUUCCCUUGCGAAAAAAAUAUCAUCCCCUACAAAAAUGCACAUUAAUUUUAAUCCAAAUAAUAAUUCAAAUUGCCUGUUGUUGCAGGAUUAUUUUCCUGCUGUAGCAAACUGGCUCAAAUUAAGAUACGAAAUCUAUACAGUGUGCCCUAAUGAAUACGACUCAGUUUGCCUAUAUUGAGGUAAACACCAUGGGAGGCCAGUGUAUUGACGUCUCAGACUAGACUUUUGUUGUUACAAAGACCACAAAGAUUAUCAAAUUGUAUUGCUAAGCUUUUUACAAAUCUUCUUUAAAGAAGAUGAAUGCCUUUUUUUGCUUGAAGGGUAAUUAAGUAUAGUGAUAUAAUAGUGAUGAUUGGAAUAUGUUACUGGGACAAAACAGUGUCUUAAUUUUUGAGUUUCUAGUACUGCAAAUGUCAACAAAAAGAUAAUUUAUGUUUAUUCUUUACCAGUCUAUAAUUUAGUUUUUUCUAAAUUUAGAGUUUUUCAAAAUUCCAACGUUUGCAGUUAUAAUGUAAUGUACUGUAAUUAUGUAUGGCUCAUGUCAAUUAAAAUGUAUACUUAUGUA